CCCACAGGGAUUAAAUGGCGAUGUGAUUUACCAUCUCGGCCUCCAGCUCACGCUAUUGGGUGGACCUGGAUAGUCGUUCGUCACUCCUGUGUCUCUCUCUCUCUCUCCCUCUCACCCACACACAUGUCAAGGAGGCUGCCUGAGGUAUUGACCCCGUCUCUCUGAACUGCAUGUCACCUCCGACCUCGGCGCUUGACGGAGCACGCUGACCUCCGACCUUCCGGAGGAGCAAGACGCCAUCUUGACCGGCCAUAGCCCCCCCCUCCUCCUCCCGUGUUGGCUCUCCCGGCCACGCCCGCGGGUGGCGAUGGGCGGACUCUGGGGUUACCUGCUGACGGGGCAGGUGUUGAUCUGGGUGCGGGCGCACGGUGGCGAAGUGGAGCAGUCGGAAACCGUGCCGGCGGACAAUGGGACCAGAGCCGGGGAGGCUCCGACCGAGCGACCCUCGACCUCCGACCGUUGCCGCGGUUACUACGACGUGAUGGGCCAGUGGGACCCGCCGUUUAACUGCAACGCCCACACCUACCUGUACUGCUGUGGCACCUGCGGCUACCGUUUCUGCUGUGAGUUUGCCCACGACCGCCUGGACCAGAGCACCUGCACCAACUACGACACGCCCAACUGGGUCAACACGGGCAAGCCGCCCGUCAAAGUGGACGAACCCGUGGAGGGCCCGGCCAAGGACAAGACCAACAUGAUCGUCUACAUCAUCUGCGGGGUGGUAGCCGUGAUGGUGCUGGUGGGAAUUUUCACCAAACUCGGCCUGGAGAAGGCCCGAAGGCCUCAGACGGAGAUGAACAUGUCGAGGUAA